GCUUUGGGGCCUGGCCCGUGUACUAUUACCGUUAUUCUAUCUCCCUGACAGCUUCAGAUCCUGCGGCGAAAUGAACUCAGACGCCUCAAGGCAUGUGUCGAGAUGGCGUUACGAGGGCCUCAGACGGAAGUUGCAGAAUUCGGGAAGCGUUGUCUCUACGUGAAGCAACGCCGUCUUGGGUGCUCGUUCCAGACGCUUACCAUCGUAGGGCGAGUCUUAUGCAGCCUGGGCAUCCUAGCAAUAUGCAAGUUAGAGCUAAUGCAACAUAUCGUACAUGGGCGGUUCACUUGGAUAACGGGUCCACGUUGCCGCUCGGUCUUCCCGGUGAUGCAUUUGUGUCGCUGAUGCACAUCGAUACUAACACCGGUUACACAUGGGCAACAUGUCGGAAUCGGAGAGUUAUUGCCGUUUUAUCGAGCGCACCGCCCUCAAGCUACAGGCUCGAAGCCCCUCAAACACCUUCGACUUACUCAUUCGACCUAUACUUAACCUGUUGCAGCACAGGUGACUUACAGGCAAUUCGUCAUAGAACGAUCGGAGACCAGUGCCAAGCGUUCCGUUCGCCCGUAAGAGGCGUUUGCAUGUACCGCACAGUUCGAUCUGCCUCUACAGUAGGCAUACAGCGACUCGCCUGGCACCAUCCCCUCGGCGGCCGUGUCAGGAUAAGGUAUGGAUUGAUCUGGUUGAUGCAUACCCGGGCGGUGGACAAUGCAGCGAGCGCGCUGCUGAUACAAUGUCAGUCGCAAACUCGCGUCUGUAGAGUUCAUCGAGCCGACAGUGUACAAGGUAACCAAGCAGAUGACAAGGUAUCUACUCACGUUGAACCUAGAAGCCUUCCUGUGUACAAUCUUCAUAGAAGUUCGCGGUCACAUGAUCGCGUCGAACAACAACUGGCGGGUUCUUGUACCCGAAGUGGCGGCCUUGUACUGCGUCGACAUCCGGAACUUACACAAGGCGACUUGUAUUUCCUACGCGACAGAGAGGCAUUAUAACUCUGCCUCCUAGUGCAUCAAAUUUGAGCUCUCGCUCAAACCCUCGCUCCUUACCUCAAGAACGGCGUCCCUCAAGCACCGAUUUUCCGGAUCAAGCCUAAUCUGACCCAUGUCACCUCGCAAGGCCCCCCAGUGCCGCACCUGC